AUGGCCCAAUUCAAAAUGUUUCUUUCAAAACAGUAAGUAAAGUUCUAUUGCCAACGAGUGGUAUUUUUAAUGAAAGUUAAAGGUGAAGCUUAAAAUUUUCGCCAUUUAUUAAGACAAGAAACUGCGGACCACCUUCCAACUUGACGUACCCAGACGCGCUGAGCUCUGACGGGUGGCGACAGCAGCGCUCCAAGUUUACCUGAAGAGCCCGAAAGCCCUACAGAGCAGCUGGGUAACACCUCCGCUUCCCCGACCAUGGACCCUAAAAGCUAUUGCUGCCUCUGCAGAGCUACACAGUUACUGUUUCAGCUGUAGGAUGUGCGUUCUUCCACCAAAAACCCUUUGGACGGACAGAGGUAACCUCGCCCAGCUGGCAAAGAAAUGCGCACCAUUAAAAACCAGUGGAAUGGAAAGCAAGUGCUGUGAUCAUCCCACAUUGUGCUCCUUGUCAGCGAUGUAUACAUUCCUACUAGGCACCAUAUUCAUUGCUUUGAGCUCAAGUCGAAUCCUACUGGUAAAAUACUCAGCCAAUGAAGAGAACAAGUACGAUUAUCUUCCAACUACUGUGAACGUGUGCUCAGAAUUGGUGAAACUGGUUUUCUGUGUGCUUGUGUCAUUAUGGAUUUUAAAGAAAGAAGAUCAUCAAAGUAGAAACUUGAGAUGUGCUUCCUGGAAAGAAUUCUCUAAUUUCAUGAAGUGGUCCAUUCCUGCCUUUCUUUAUUUCCUGGAUAAUUUAAUUGUCUUCUAUGUCAUUUCCUACCUUCAGCCUGCCAUGGCUGUUAUCUUCUCAAAUUUUAGCAUUAUAACAACAGCUCUUCUAUUCAGGAUAGUGCUGAAGAGGCACCUGAACUGGAUACAGUGGGCUUCCCUCCUGAUUCUGUUCUUGUCUAUUGUGGCUCUCACUGCUGGGACUGAAACUUCACAGCAUAACCUGGCAGGACAUGGAUUUCAUCAUGAUGCCUUCUUCAGCCCAUCCAAUUCCUGCCUUCUCUUCCGAAGCGAAUGUCCCGGAAAAGUCAAUUGCACAGCAAAGGCAUGGACUUUUCCUGAAACUAAGUGGAACACCACAGCUAUGAUUUUCAGUCACAUCCGUCUCGGCUUGGGCCAUGUGCUUAUUAUAGUCCAGUGUUUUAUUUCCUCAAUGGCCAAUAUCUAUAAUGAAAAGAUAUUGAAGGAAGGGAACCAGCUCACUGAAAGCAUCUUCAUACAGAAUAGCAAACUCUAUUUCUUUGGCAUUCUUUUUAAUGGACUGACACUGGUCCUUCAGAGCAGUAACAGUGAACAGAUUAAGAACUGUGGGGUUUUCUAUGGCCACAAUGUGUUUUCAGUCACCCUUAUUUUUGUGACUGCAUUCCAGGGCCUCUCAGUGGCUUUUAUUCUGAAGUUCCUAGAUAACAUGUUCCACGUCUUGAUGGCCCAGGUCACCACUGUCAUCAUCACAGCGGUGUCUGUCCUGGUCUUUGACUUCAGGCCCUCCCUGGAGUUUUUCUUAGAAGCACCGUCGGUUCUUCUCUCCAUAUUUAUUUACAAAGCAAGCAAGCCUCAAGGUCUGGAAUAUGCACCUAGGCAAGAAAGGAUCCGAGAUCUAAGUGGCAGCCUUUGGGAGCGCUCCAGUGGGGAUGGAGAAGAACUGGAAAGGCUUACGAAACCAAAAAGUGAUAUUGACUCAGAUGAAGAUACUUUCUAAUUAGUACCCAAAUAAUUGGCUGCUCACAGAAACUUUUUUGCACACUUUCAGCAUGUGUCAUAUUUAUCUUUUCACUUUGAUAAACACGAAUAUUUCUGAAGUAGAAAAUUAUUUGCAUAUGUGUAACCACUCCCUAAACAGUUCCAUCCAUGGCUUAGAAGACCCAAAGGCUGAAAAGUUCUAAGGAACUGACACGAGAGUAAUAAAUAGUAUGGAGACUGCAUUAAUGUUACUUGAUAAGUUACAAGUUAUCUCCCAGGUUAUUUUCCUUGUCCUCCAGGGUUCAAAAAAAACCUGUAAUAAUCACGUUGGCUGUACCCUAGACAUGUACAAAUAGAGAUCAGCUUGCCAGAUAUUCAUAAUGAUGUAGUUCUACUCUGCAUGCCAAAGUCUUCCCUUAUUUAUCAUUAUAAAUAUCUCCUAGGUUGUCCCUUGAAUUUUGAAGCCCAAGAGAAGCUCAUUUUGCUAUUAAAAAGUAAUGUGACUCUUUCUAAAAAAAUUUGGUGGAAGGACCUUACCAUCUAUCUGGCUACACCAUUGAUUUGAGGGCAAUAUAGUCUGUGCUGAAUGUUUUGCUGAAGAAGCAGGUUUUCAGAACUGAAAGGUUAGAAUUUUAGUUUUUAAAAAUUCACAGGGAAUUUGAUUUUCAGUGAUUAUUUUUUGAUAUAUUUUUCUAUACAAAUAAGCUUCAAUUUAGGUGAAUGUUUGUUCCCAAUUACCAUGAUUCUCACUUGGAUUUUAAGUCACUUAAGCCAUGGUGGACUUUUUCCCCUCAAUUUGACCUCAUUUCUCGUAGAUUAUUAGAUUUCAGAGAACUAAUGAGACAUUUCAUUGUAUCAGUUGUCAAUUAGAACUCAUGUUUGUUAUAUAUCUUACUAUCAUAUCCUAUCCCUAAGAAUCAAGCCAUUGGCUUCAGAAUCAUUGUCAGUAAGACUAAUGCCUAAGAAUUCCUUUUAAAAAGAUCACCUUGCAAACAAAUGACUUUCACUGAUUAUGAAUAGUAUUACUCUAAAAUGAGGAAGCCUAGUAAUACGUAAAGUACUUUAUGGUAAUAUUCAUACUUCAAGUGCAUGGUAUUUUCAUGGUAUUUUUGCAUGCAGUCAAUUGAGUAUGAGAUAGAGAAUCCAGAUGAUAGAUCAUUUAAAAGUGAGAAAACAGAAGUGACUUGCCCACGAUCAUGCAGCUGGAUGGCAAUUGGACAGAGCUAGCUCACAGGCCUAUGUUUACAGAACACUGCACUAUAGAUGUGAACUUUAAGGUGUCAUUUUCAUGCAGUCUGUACAUCUCUUCUUUCCCCUAAUUUUCAUGCAGAUGAACAUGUGAAAAUACUGUUAUAUAAUCCAUCUGUGAUACCUGGAAUAAUAUGACAGGCAAGAGUUGGUGGAGAUUUAUAAAUAAAAUAAUUAUUAAACCUA